UACCUCUGCUGCGGCUGUACCUGUGCGGGAUGAAGGUGCUGCUCUACCAGCUGCUGCACAGCUCCUUCACGCUGCCAGGUGCUCAAUAAGUGAAGGCAUCCAAGUGGAUAGCUUACCAAAGGAACCGAUGGAGGGUAAAGGUUCAGGACCUUCAUGCUCUGGCCUCAAUCUGGUGGCACACCCACGGGCAAAGAGCAAAGUGUGGAAAUACUUUGGCUUUGACACGGACGCGAAUGGCUGCAUACUGCACUGGAAACGGAUCUACUGCCGCGUGUGUAUGGGGCAAAUCGCUUAUUCUGGAAACACCUCCAAUCUUUCGUACCACCUUGAGAAGUACCACCCCGUGGACUUCAGUGAAUUUGUGAAGAUCAACACGGAUCAGAUGCGCGAGGCGUUUGUCACGGCGUUCUCCAAGAUAAAGACCGAGCCUUCAGGUCUACAAAUUCAGCAACCGUCGCAGGACGCCGACUCCAGGCAGAGUUCAGAUUAUGAAAACCGACACAACGAUCUAACAAAAGCCGUCAUCAACUUCAUCUGUGAGGGCCUGUACCCGGUAUCUGUAGUGGAAGAGCCUACCUUCAAGACCUUAAUGAGUACCGUAGACCCCGGGUACUCUCCGCCCAGCAAAAGUGACCUGGCAGGUAAACUGCUCCCUCAGAUGUACUGCCGGACCCGGGACAUGGUCUUCAGUGAGCUUGCUGGGGUUGUGAGCUGUGGCGUUACCACCGACCUUUGGCAAAGCCAUACUCGGAACAGGACGUACAUCUCACUCUCUAUGCAUUCAGUUAAUUACACUUUAUGUCGCGGCUUCUCCAUGACCAACAAGUGUCUCAAAACGUUUGAGGUGCAAGAGGACAACCGAGCUGAGAACAUCACCAGAGCCAUGUACGAGGCGUUUGUUGAGUGGGGGAUAACGCAUAAAGUCAGCGGUGCCACCACCAACGGUUCAGUGGACAUUGUCAAAGCAUGCUCGCUCCUGGACCUGUGGGUGGAGAUGCCGUGCCUCGGACACACCAUCAACCGAGCGAUGGACGAGGCCUUCCAGCUGCCGCCAGUCAACAGCUUUUUGGGGUGUUGCCGAAAACUCAUCGACCAUUUCAAAGAACCGACCCUGUACCUGCUGAGGGACAAACAGAAGCAGCAUGGCCUCACUCAGUGUGCACUCGUCACAGACAGGGCCAGGUCUUGGUUGGCCACGUUGGCAAUGCUCCAAAGACUGAAGGAGCAGCAGAUCGCUAUAACUGCUACACUUAGAGAGAGUUCCAGCGGCCAUCACUUCAGCUUUGAAAGCCAUCAGUGGGCUUUGUUGGAUGGCUUGAUUGAAGUCCUUCAGCCGUUUAAAGUGGUGGCCAACAUGAUCACCUCUUGUAGGUACCCAACGAUCAGCAUGGUUCGGCCCGUGCUUCACAUGCUGUUGAACACCACCCUCAAGGCCAAGGAAGGGGACCUCAAAGAGAUCAGCACGGCCAAAGAGCUCAUGUCAAAGGUCCUCUCAAGCAGCUACUCCCAGAACACACAGCUGUCCCAAGACAUUUCAACAUUCCUCAACAUUGCUACGUUUUUGGACCCUCGGUACAAGAAGUUGCCGUUCCUGUCCAAUCAGGAGCGCUCCAAAGUUGAGAGCAACAUCGUAGAGGAGGCCAAGGCGAUCCUCGAGAAGCAGAUUGCAGAGCGACCGUGCGUAGACGAUUUCUCUUUGGUAUCUGAAGAGCCACCGAGCAAGAAGCACGCUCCUCUGAGGGAAUCCGCCGGGAGUUCUACCCAGGACAACCCUUUGGCCGCCAUAUUUUGUCAGUCUGACACCGACCAGAGCCAGGAGGAGCUGCAUGCGCAGGUGGUGGAGGAGCUGAGCAACUACAAAUCCCAGAGAGUCCUUGGUCUGAAUGAAGACCCUCUACUCUGGUGGUCCAGUCACGCACCCUUGUUCCCCACCCUCCCCAAGGUGCUCCAGAAGUACUGGUGUGUUCCUGCCACCAGUGUGCCCAGUCACCGGCUGCUGAGCUCCUCUGGGCCGGUCGUGUGUGGGAAGAGGAACCGCAUAGCUCCGGCGUUGGUAGAUCAGCAGGUCUUCUUGUAUGAGAACUCCAGAAGCUACUAUGAGCCUGAACCCUGUGAGGAUGACUUGGACAAUGUGUUGGAGAGAAACUGUGGACUGGGCCAGCCUCUUGAGUGACGGUGGGCUUAGAACUGCAGAAGCUCAUGAUGGCUUUAUUCCUUGAACCCGGUGUGGCCUACACGCAGGCCUGCUGAAGCAUCAAUCUAUAAUCAAGGAGAAUCAGUUAGUCGUAAGAAGAUGUAACGGAACUGUUAUUCCGGUAAUAACCUUCCUCAGAGUUUUAAACUAUCAUCUGUAUGAACAUUUUACCUCAUAUUAAAGAUAUUUCUGUGAUCUUUUUGUGGUUACAUUUAUACUUUGAGUGAGAUGAGAAGAUUAACGAUCUCUGGAUGAAUCCUAAUGACUGUAGUGAUCUCUUUACUUUGACGACCCACAUUAAUCAAUGAAAAGAUGAUUUUUCGCUUUUCUCCCGAUUGGUAUUUUUUGUUUUCUACCCUUUUCCAAACAGUUUCUCAGAUGGUUUUCAGAUUAUUCUGUGUAACAAGCUCUUCAGGUUACAGCUGCUCAACUUCAGUAAUUGUUUCAGAAGCUAAAAAUGUAGUCUUGUUAUACUUUGGUUAAAACAUUUGAUUGAAAUUAAUCUUCUCAUCUCAGUCUCGGAAAGGAAAGCAUAAAUCUGGAAGGAGUUAAUGAAAGACUAUAAAAGAAACUGUAAUCCCUUUUUUAUUUUUGCUAUCGCAUUAAUGAGAGAAAAUCAUUUAACUUCUACAGUUAUCAUCACAUUUUCCAUUUUUCACACAGAUCCUCAUUGGCUCAAACUCAUCUGUAAUCAAAAAUAAUUUGAGUGAAGCUCUAUCAUUUCACUUUUUUUAUUUUGUAUAUUGAUAUUUUAGCAUUAACGAUGGAUGGGUUUUAAAAUGUCUUGCUGUGCAGGACACUGGAACAUAUGGAAUAUGAUGUGAAA